AUGGCCGGGGCCGUAGGGCCCAGCGGGUCGGCCGCCCUCAGCGACUUUAAGUUUGGCGCUGUGGACACGCAGACGAUCGAAGACGCCCUGCUCCACCUGGCCCAGGAGAAUGAGAAGGCAGUUCGGGAAGCCCGGGGGCAGGCGGGCAGCUUCAGGGAGACCCGGAUCGUGGAGUUCGUUUUUCUCCUGUCUGAACAAUGGUGCUUGGAAAAAUCCGUGAGCUACCAGGCAGUAGAAAUCCUAGAAAGGUUCAUGGUUAAGCAAGCAGAAAGCAUCUGCAGCCAAGCAGCACCUGUGGUGAGAGAGAGUGAGAAAGCAGAGCCCUGGAGCUGGAGGGCCCAGAAAGAAGAGCUCUGCAGUACGUUUGUACUUCGACUUGUGUCAUGUGUUCAGCUGGCAAGCAAACUUUCCUUCCACUACAAAAUAGUCAGCAAUGUUACAGUCCUGAAUUUCCUCCAGGCCCUAGGGUACCUUUAUACUAAAGAAGAACUACUGGAGUCAGAACUUGCCAUUUUGAAGUCUUUAAACUUCCAAAUCAAUCUGCCUACUCCUCUGGCAUAUGUGGAGAUACUCCUGGAAGUUUUAGGGUAUAAUGGCUGUUUGGUCUCAGUCAAACAGCUGCAUGGAACCUGCCUGACAUUACUUGACUUGGUCUAUCUCCUGCAUGAACCCAUCUAUGAAAGCCUGCUGAGGGCAUCAAUUGAGAACUCUACACCCAUGGAGCAGGGGGGAAAAUUUGUAUCCAUGAAAGAAGACUUCAUGCUUUUGGCAGUUGGGAUCAUUGCAGCCAGUGCUUUCAUCCAGAAUCAAGAGUGGUGGGGCCAGGUUGUGGAACACUUACACAGCAUCACCGGUAUCGCCACUGAGAACACUGCUGAGUUUUCAUAUGCAAUCCUGACUCAUGGGGUAGGAGCCAGCACCCCAGUUCGACAGCAACCUGGUCUGCACCACCUGGCAGCCAGACCACUGAGGACGGCUGCCACCUGCAACAUGUGAGCCUGAGUUUCCAGAAUAUCAUCA